AUGCCCUCCCUAUGGCUGUUAAUCUCGACGCUGGCUUUGGUUAGCUGUCAGGACUAUCACUACCACCAUCCACCCACUCCGUUCGUGGGGGAAUCCCACUAUCAACAAACGCCGCAGCCUCAAGCCACCAAGUUCGUGGUGCAGACUUUGGGUCGCACCUACGGCUUGGAAACCCAACGGGCACCGGCCAUCUAUGAGGAUCAUCAGACGCUUGUGGUGCCGGUCUUCCAGCCGCGACAGGUGCCGCAGUACCAGCCUCAGGCUCCUCGCCAGCAAUUGCACACCUCCAGCUACCAAAAUCCCCUGCUGGUCAGUACUAACUACCAGACUGGCACCGUGUCCUUGCCGCCUGCAGCUCCCGCUGCUCCUGCCCAGCCCCUGACCAGCUAUGGACCACCUCACCUGCAGCAGCAAUCGCAGCCCCUGCAACCACUGCAACCUGUACAGCCCCAGGCCCAGACUUCCACUUACUUCCCCCAACAGCAACAGCCAGCUGCCCAGCCACCUGCAAGCUAUCUGCCACCUCAGCAGCCUGCCCAGAAACUGUUCUUCGGCAAUCCGUUCCCCUACGCCCCAGUGACGACCGGCUCCGGGCAACAGGUCCUCGAUGCAGGACACGGCUCUGGUGUGGCGCCCAAUGAGGUGCAGGCUCAGCUGCUGCAGGCCACCGGUUCUGCGCCACCACAAACUCGAGUGGGUGACCAGGUGGGUCAGUCGCAGAGCUCCUCCUUGGACUCCUAUGACUACAAGCAGAGCUCGCCCGGUGACAGCAGAGAGUACCAGAGGUUCGUGACCAGCUGCCCGGGCGGUGGCUCCUGCCAGCAGAAGGAGCUCAAUCCCGGCGAGGUGGACGACAGCCACCAGCGGGUGCUGCAGACGGUGCGAGCCAGCACACAGCCUCGGGUGGAGGGCUGCUACAAGAGCCAGGUGAUCUAUGUGCCAGCUGGAGCUGCUGUCAAUAGUCAGGGUCAGUUGCGACCAAAGAAUCGACGAACUUUCGAGCGCAAGGAGCAGGUCCUCUCCAGAUAUCCUUACAACUAA